CCGGCCCCGCGGGCCGCCCCGCGCCGCCGAUGCUGUCGGUGCCGGUGCCGGUGGCGGGCGCGGGGGCGGCGCGGGGCGCGGGCUCCCAGCCCCGCCGGCGCACCAUGUGCAGCGGCGUCGGCUGCUUCUGGGCGCUGCUCUCCGCCGGCCUCCUGGCCGCCUGCGCCGCCGCCUUCCUCUCGCCGGCCUGGCUGCUGCCGCCCGGCCGAGCCGCCGCCGGCUUCGGGCUGCUCUGGCGCUGCGCCGGACCCCCCCGGGGCUGCCACGGCUCCGCCGGCCCCGGCGGCUUCGGAGACAUCCCCUCCGGUUCCUGGCAGACGAGCGCCGUGCUGUGUGCGGGUGGCUGUGCCCUGCUGGCCCUCAGCGCCCUGCUGGCCAUCGUGGCUGUCCUGCUGCCCGGCGGAGCCUGCGAGCGGCGGCUCUGCACCCUGGCUGGAUACAUGCAGACAGCAGCAGUGUUCAUUAUGGCUUCUGGGCUUUUGGUUUACCCUUUUGGGUUCAACUCUGCUACUGUGAAGAGAUUCUGUGAGAACUCAGACAUCUACUAUGCAGGAGACUGCCAGAUUGGGUGGGGGUACAUGCUGGCAAUUGUUGGGGUCAUGUUGUCUGUCUUUUUACCAUUCUUUGCGAAAUAUGCACCAAAAGAGCACAUAUCUCCAACUCCAAUACCUACUAUUUUAUAGUAUUUUUCUUCCUGUUGUAAGAGCAGAACCUUCCUGUCUGCAGGUGAUGGGCAGAGAUGAGGAUAGCACUUCCAGUUAGCUGUGUUAGCUGAAGAGGGGAAAGGAGCUGGGGAAGAGAAGGUCACAUUCACAAAGACCAAAAGUGCAUUGCUAGUCUUCCGUAAGCACGAGCAGAGAACACUCUGGAAUUGAAGUCAAUUAAUCAGCAGCCUUUACAGUGCUCUGAACACACAGUGGCAUAAUGCCUUAGACAAAAAAAAAAAAAAAAAAGAAAAAUCAGUUUAUCCUCAAAACAUCUGUCUACCUCCCAGUUUCUUUUGUGUCUCAAAAUCCUAAGUCUUGAAAGCUUCAAUUCACUUUUGAUAGAUUAUUAUUAGACAUCAAAACUUUUGGAACCCAAUAACUUUAAAAUCAGUAAUGAUAUUUUGUUACAAUUGUUUUGAUUAGUGAGAAGAAGCACCUGCUGGUAGCCACGGCCUAAAAUUAAGCUUGGUGGCUAAAAAGGAUUGUAUACAAGAUAAAAAGUUUCUUUUUAGUCUCUCUAUGUAUUUUAAGUUUUGGGCACACUUUUUACUACUGCUCUCAUUGCCAAGAUUUAGAGUCAUUUAGAUUUUUUUUUUUUCUGAGAGAUCUAUCUGCUUCCAAAGGCUUCAUGAUGAUUUAAUAGUUUUAACAACAGAGGGAAAAAAAUGUUAAGAAUUGGGUUUUGGUGUUUCUUAAAUUAUAAUUUUAGGUGGAAUUUUAUAAAAUCCCUUGAACUAUUACAACUUUAGAUUUUUGGGGUGUAUUGUUUGUUUUUUAAGGCUGAAAACAAAAAUCACUGUUUACAAAACUGCCUGUGCCCGAUGGCCCUUACAUGUAGUGAUAAUCCAAGCCGGAAUGAAGCAGAUUCUGACAUUUCCAUUACAAUUGGGAGUCCAUUGCUGUAAAAAGACAAAAGUGAAGUGAAAUGCUACUCAACACAACUAAUAAGAAUCUGAUGCUGUGUCAGACACGAGCAAAUGGCCAUAUUUCAUUAGUCUGUAGGGGAAUUUUGCGAGGUCUGAUUUCCACAAUAGCACUGAACUCAUUACUAUCAAGCAUUGAAAUAAGUGCACUUGAUUGCCUUAAGCAAAAGAAACAUUGGGUUCUAAUCUCACCUACCUGUUGUGGUUUUCCUUUUAGAUAAAAAUAGAAUUCUAAUUGUCUUCUCAUCUUUUAUUUUCUAUUAUUUAUUAAAAAAAAAAAAAAGAGAAAUCACAUAGCUUAUAUUUAAUUCAGAGCUGUAGUUUUGUGUUUUGGCUCAAACCAGGUGAUCAAAUUUAUUAUUCUUCACUUAGCUGGGUCCAGCUGAUUCCUGCAUUUUUCCUGUUUGUAACAGAAGGUGUUUGUGAAGGGACAGACAGAGACAUGUUGAGGAUGUACAAGAAAAUGCAGAUGGAACAAUCACUGUGUUAUCUUAAUAUACAUCAAAGGCUUCUGCAGUCUUGUUUACAUUCCUCACCCUUCUAAACUUCAAUGGAAAGUUGUGCUGUUUUCCAAAAUAAUUGUCCUGUUGUUACAUUUCCAGGCACUCUAAAAGCAAAUUCUGCACAUAAAUUUCUCAAGUUCCAAUAUUAAUCUCUGAAAAUACAGAUUCCAACAUAGACUGAAGUACACCAAGAAAGAGAGAGCACGUGCUAUGCACUUUUGCUCUCAGGGACUAAGAAAUUAAAUCUUCUAAAUAUUUAACAAAAUAGGUUGAAGGAAUGCCCUAAAGUAAGAAGAAUAAAUUUCAGUCACUUCUGUACAGUAAUGUGCUUUUCAGUAAUGUCUUACACUUUUUUUUUAAUGAAUGGCUGAAAUGGAUAAUUUUCAUACAAGAGUCAGAAAAGUGAGGAAUAACAAACAACAUGCAAAAAGAAAAUAAUCACCAUGAAGUAAAGAGACAGAGAUGCAGGCUUUUCUUUCCUAACCAACCUGUGCCUUUACACUAGAACCAUUAUACAAGACAGGAUCAAUAUGGUUAAAAAAUAAAUCAACCACCCAACAACUGAAAAAUGUUGAGUAGUGUGUAUAAACUGUAUUGUGUAGGGAUUUUUCUGUUUUGUGUAAUGUUUACAACUGUUCACUUAAUGUUUCACUAGAAAAAGUGAUUUGUUAGUGUAAAGUAGAAACUUUUUUUUUUUUUGCAAAGAUCUGAACACUUACUGAAAGUAAAAUCAUUUUAGAUUUUUAUUAACAGCCAGAACAUACCCAGUAGACACAAACGACCUCUUCCUGCCAUUACUUUUUAAUGCAACUUUCAAAGUGCAGAACUGGAAGCAUCAAUCAUUCAACUGGAAUCAGUGGGACUGCAGCUCUGGGGGGGUGUUGAUAACAGGCCUGGUCCCAGAGUUGAAGCUUCCUCUGUAAUUUUAAAUGACUGUUACAGCAGUCUUACCAUUCACAACCCUGCUGUAGCAAAUGCUUUGCUCCUUAAACCUCAGCUUCUGUUGGGAACAUCAUCAGCCUCUGCAUCCUGUAAUAUUCUGCACCUUUUGUGAGUUAAGCUGAUGCUUCCAUGUGCCACCUCCUCUACCAUUUUAUAAUACAUCAAAGGAAUCAAAGACAUGUACAUGACCAGUGGGUAGACAAAGCUCUGCUUGACACAUCCCUGCUCAGAAGCAGCUUAGCACAGAAGGUGGAGGUGACAAUGCAAGUGAUUCUUACAGCAGUUAGUAAAGCACACACCUUAGAUCUCGACUGGAACAUUAGGGGGCUGUUGCUGACAAUACAUGUGCUGACACUGACAGAUCACUUUUUUAACCAGAGACUGUCUGCGCGUUAAACUGUGUACAAGCGUUUUCCUGUUGCAAGUCGAACAAUUUACUGGACCAGGUUCAAGUUUUAUUCUAAAUAUAUAAUUUUUUAAGUGUAACUAAAAGCUGUAUUUUCCAUUAAUGUGUUUCUGCGUUGACUAGCUGGCUCCUUUUUAGAAUAUUAACUGUUUUCUGUAUUUGACUUGUUGGAUACAAUAUUUCAAUUAUUUUAAAUGUGAAAUUUCCAAUUGCCAACACUGUAUAAUAAAAUAAUAAAAAAGC